AGGUCCAGAGUAUGAGAUUGUUUAUUGUGUUGAGUGUUUGCGCCGCGGUCGCUUCAGCCGGAUAUGGAGGUGGAGGCGGUGGUGCCAGUUCCUCAGCUUCGGCAACGGCAUCGGAUUCAUCUAGCGCAGGCGCGGGAGGAAAAUUCGGCGGAGGUGGUGGUCAUGGACCAGGUCUAGGAUUUGGAGCCGAACUAGGUGGCGGUGGCCCUGGAUUUGGUGGUGAGGGGCUUGGUGCUGGAUUUGGCGGUGGUCUCGGAGGCGGUUUAGGGGGUGGAAUCGGUGGAGCCGGCGGUUCUGCUUCCUCUUCUUCUGGAUCAAGUGUUGGAGGCGGUGGAGGUAAACAUGGUGGAGGCGGCCUAGGAUUUGGUGGUGGAGGCGGCCCAGGAUUUGGCGGUGGAAUCGGAUCCCAUGGGGGAGCUGGCGGUUAUGGAGGCGGUCACGGCAAAUUUGGAGCUGGCAUUGGAGGUGGAAUUGGAGGUGGCGGACCAGGAUUUGGAGGUCCAGGAUUCGGUGGUGAAAUUGGUGGAGGUGGCCACGGAGUGAGCGGUGGUUUUGGAGGCGGACCUGGUAAACACGGUGGUGGUAUCGGUGGAGGCAUUGGCGGAGGUGGCAUUGGCGGAGGUGGCCUUGGCGGAGGUGGCUCAGGAUUUGGAGGUCCAGGUGGAAAAGGUGGUUACGGUGGUGGUGGGGCCGGUGGCUCAGCUUCAUCCUCUGCUGGCACUGGUGCUGGUGGCAUUGGAGGUGGCGGCCCAGGAUUUGGCGGUCCAGGAUUCGGUGGCGGAAUUGGUGGAGGUGGUCACGGAGUUAGCGGUGGCUUUGGAGGCGGACCUGGUAAGCACGGAGGUGGUAUCGGUGGUAGCGUCGGCAUUGGAGGAGGCGGCCUAGGAUUUGGCGGCGGAAUUGGUGCAGGCGGCCAUGGAGUGAGCGGUGGUUUCGGUGGCGGCCAUGGAAAGCACAGCAGCGGCAACGGCGGUAGUAUCGGCGGAGGUGGCCCUGGAUUUGGAGGUCCUGGAAUCGGUGGUGGUCAUGGCAUUGGUGGAGCCGGAGGUUCGGCUUCAUCUUCUGCUAGCGCCAGUGCUGGUGGCCUUGGAGAUGGUGGCGCAGGACUAGGUGGCGCAGGACUAGGUGGCGGUGGUCACGGCGGUCUAGGCUUGGGAAACAUUAUCGCUGGACCAGGUGGUGGAAUUGGAGCUGGCGGCUCAAGUUCAGCGAGCGCUAGUGCUAGCAGCUCGGCCGGUGGUGGGGGAAGCCUCGGUGGAGGAUUGGGAGGACACGGAGGCGGUGUUGGUGGAUAUGGCGGUAAGGGCGGCUACGGAGGCGGCGGUUAUGGAGGCGGUGGCUAUGGCAAAAGUGGUGGAUUAGCCAGUGCCAGUUCCAGCGCAUCGGCAACAGCUGUGGCCGGUUAAGACAAGACAAUUUCUAAAUUAAGAGUAUUAAGAUUCCUUAAUAAAUUGUACUAUAAAUUGUGAUAUAAA